CACUUAAAUAUGUUUACAAACAAUAAUUCAUGACGCUAUAAUUGCCCAAUUCAUUCAAUAACGUAGUUAAAGCAACAUGUUUAUAAACAGCUUGAGGUAAAUCUUUAGUCGUUACUGGUUUUCGACACUUCAUGUAAUUCACUUAAAAUGAUUUUGCAAACAUUUUUGAUUAAGGUGCUAUUUAUGUUAAUCGUUAUAAUGAAUUGUGUACUAUGUGACAAGAGUUCAGAUGAAUUCAAUAAACCGGAUAUAGCUCGAGUAGGCAAAACAAGAAGAGAUAAAAUGAAGCAAAAUACAGCUGUAGGCACAUUUUCAAACGUUAUAACACAAAUACAAAAUUUACCGAACAUGGAUCUUGGCAGGAGGUUCAGAACACCCUGUAAAACCGGUAAUAAAUGUGGAAAAGUUAUCAAAAGGCUUAUGGUUCCAAAAUUAGCUCAACUUGAAAACACCAUUAUGGGGGUAAUGAAGGAACUGGCUAAAAUGCCCCCCGGGUCCAGACUUCCUGAUAAAUAUACAAAAACAGAACCAAUUAAAUUGUUACUUGAUCAAAAUUAUAAAGAAGAUGUAUGUAUGGAUAAACUGGAAUCUUGUUUAAAAGAAGACAAACGUCGUAAACGGAUUCUCAAGAAAUUGUUUUUCAAAAAGUAUAACUCGAUACGCCAAGAAUUGAUUGGCUACGGCGGACGACGGCUGUGGGGAGGGGAAGGAAAUUUGUUCUAUAGAUAAUUUUAUGAACAAUUAAAUAAAUAUAAAAUAAGUUAAUGU